AUGAUAAGAUAUUAUCAAUAAUAUCAUAGCUUUUUUGCCUUUGCAACUUUUUCAUUACUAAUCUCCUCAUGUAAUGCAAUCAAUCAUUUGAGAGAGCAUAUAUAAAGUAUUUUUAUAUAAACAGUUAGAAUACCAAAAUAAGCAUUUUCGUUCAACUCAUUAGGAAGAGAUCCCAUACGUAGCUUUUAUAUUUGGAUUCUUAGUUAUUUUUUGGGCAUUUAUUACGUUAUGGUACAAUGAGAGAAGGUAUUUAUUUAUGACAUAACAAUAAUAGAUAUUCAAUUACUUGGUUUAGAUUAGAAUAAACAAAGAAAUUAUGUAUUUCAAUCAACUCAGCAGAAGUGAAUCCUAAUACUAAUAAUUAAUUGAUUCACAUAAAUGGUACUUUUUAAACUAUAUUAAAUUAUUAGGUGAAAGCAAAACUAAUGAUCAAAUAGUUGAUGCUGCUUUUGGUUUAUAAAUGAAAGAUUGUAUUAAAUUAGUUAGAAAAGUGGAAAUGUACUAAUGGGUACAAAAAUCAAGAUCAAAUAAAAGAUCAGGAAGAACUAUUUAUUAUGUUUAAGAAUGGAGUUCCUUUUUUCAUUCAGAAUGUACAGACGAGCACUCUAAUGAUUAGUCUAAAUGGAUUGUGGAAGAAGAGACAUAAACUAAUUUGAAUGUUCGCUUAGGAGCUUAUUUAAUUAGUAAGUCUUUGGCAGAAUAAACAGAAGCUAAAGAAAGUCUUAUAAUGUUUAUGAAUAAUUAAUAAGCUGUUGCUAAUUACUUUGGAUAGCAAAAAGGAUUUUAGAAUUUGUAUAAAAAAAUAUUCAUAUUUUAGUGAAGCAAACGGAGAAUACAUAUAUUUCUAAUAAAAUAAAGGAGCUGUCACCCUGAACGAUUUGAGAGUCUCAUUUAAUGCUGCCAGAACAGGUCCUACAACUAUAGUUUCUCAAUAAAAUAAUGAUUCAUUUACACCUUUUAUUAUUCAUGAUAAUUUUGAAUAGACUUUGGCUGGACAACAAAAUUUAGAAAAUGUAUAAAUAUCAUGUCUUAAUUUCUGUUGUGUUUGCUGCAAAUACUGUAAAGCAGUUGAUUUUACAGAAAUAAAUUGGAUUUUUGAAUCAAUUUUGACAAAGGAUUAAGUUUUUUAGAGUUGUGUUUAAGAACUUGAAUAUAUAACUAUGAUUUUUAGAAUUAUUGGAAAUUUAUUGAUGGUAAUGAAUUUAACUUAAAAAUAGGGUUUAGGGUUUUGUAUGAUAUUCUCUCCAAUCUGGUGGUUGAUUUCAUUGUUUCCAUUAGUUGGAUUCUUUUUAGCUUCUUUUUCAGGAUUUAUUUUCUUUUUAGUCAGUUUGAUUAUUUCAAUUCCAUUCUCACUAUUAAUUAUGGGUUUGGCUUAGUUAUUUUAUAAUCCAAAGUAAGGGAUAGUAUUUAUUGCACUUUGUUGUGUAAUAGGGGCAGGAAUCUUCUUUUACAUCCAAAGUUAGAGUUGA